AUGGAUCUGCUGGCUGACUGCCGAGAGCUCAAGAAUCGCGGCUUGCUAUCGCCGCAGCAGCUUGAAGAGUACGAGGUAUCGCUCAGCUCUGCCUCAGCACCGCCCGACAACGUUCGCGAACACGUGUCUGCCCUCCUCAUACAAGAAGUGGAUGCCAUCGUAGAGCGCGUUCGGGUACAGAGUAACGAGCAGGAACAGGAGACGAUCGGAAACUCGGAACUGGCGGCUGUGGCCGUUGGCGGUGCAUUGGGGGCACUCAAUGCUUGGUUGCGACCGCCAGCCGCUCCGACGUCUACUACCAAGACUACCACGCUGUGGGCAAGCGCGUACGAUGGCGCGAUGGCGACUUUCAACGUAGCCAAGCGGAAGCGUCGCGUGCAGCAGCUACAGUUCAAGCUGCUGAGUGGAGACGUGGCCACCUGCACUCACGUAGUGCUCUGCAUCAAUGGGUUUAUGACGCAGAGCGACGAUCCGACGCGGAAUUGGCGCGUAUGGAUACAGGAAGACCAGAACGCCGCCGUCUUCGCCGUACAAUGGGAGGCCGGAGACGCCGCCGCCUGGAAUGAUUUUUGCGCGCACGUCAACGACAACAUUGGCAGCUCGUCCGUGUCAACCAUGGUUGCACACUUCACAGGGAACCCUUGGCAUAGUGCGCAAGGUAAGGCGGAGAAGGUAGGUAUCCUACUCGCCCAUGUGCUGGCGGAGCGACCAGUGCUGCUCCGCGAUCGUAAGGUCUCGAUGUUAGGCCACUCGCUAGGCGGUGCCGUCAUCUACAGCACCUUCCAGGAGAUGGCCAAGUUUCGAGCAGAGAAAAAAGGUGAGGGCUUGCCACAGAUCACCAACGCCGUGAGCUUCGCCGGCGCGUUCAUCCCUGAAGCCCAGGGACUAGACAACAUCACGAACGCGCUCGACCCAAACAGAGGUAAAUUCAUCAAUGUGUUUUCGACCCGCGACGGCGUGUUAUCCAAGCUGUUCUGGGCGUUGCAACUCCCCGGUCCGAACAACCCGGCGGCUGCUGGCUGCCAAGCCGUCGCUUUUGCCGCUGCAGCCGCUGCGAGUUGCGUGAAUGUGGACGUGUCGGAUCUCGUGAUACCGCGCAUGGAGAACCACUUUGGCCACGGUUAUCAGCAGUUCAUGGAGGCCAUCAAGUCUCGCGUACUACCGCAUUUCUUCCGGACGUAG